UGCAUUGCUGCUCUUUUUAUAUUUGGAAACUCCGAAAGAAUCUCAGCUGGCUUUCAUGUGCCGCCUUCGUCCAAUAAAACAGAAGAGGGCCUGCCUGCAAGUCGUCUAAUCUUGGGCGAGGUGUCAAUCAUGUUCAUUCAGCGGUUGAAGUGCGGGUUUUGGUAACCGCCUCCUUUACGCUUGGAAGCGAGACGAAGGGGGAGCUUUCUUCGGAUCAAAGGCUGGUGUGGCGCUGUUGCCGUAGGAUGUGCAGAGUGCAGCCUGCUGCUUUCUUUACGGACGCUUUUUGUAUCGUCUGGAUAUCGCUGAUUUCUGGAUUAUAAAUACAUUUGAUGUUUUUCAAUCCCAACUCAAUGCAGAGAAAUGGGUAAACUUCACUCGAAACAUGCUGCGAUUUGUAAACCGAGGGAAAGUCCGGAGGGCGACAGUUUUGUAGUUAAUGCCUGUUUGGCAAGGAAAGGAAUUGACGAUUGGCUCGUGAAACAGAAAUACUAUUGCACGGGUUCGCGGCUUGAGCAACAGGACUGUCACCACACGAAUAAGUGCGGCUUGUCUACUCGGGAUGUGUUGGACAAGGCGUGUGCAGAGGGAAUCAGUGAUGAACAUUACCGUUUAGAAGUGGCUCUGCCCCCGGAGAAGACGGUGGACAGUUGCUGUGUGGAGGAGAAGAUGCAGGGGAGAGCGAGCCAGGCGCGCACAGGCACACAGAAACAGCUCCAGUUUGAAGAGCUUGAGUGUGCCGUCUCUGUAGAGGAAGACAACAGACAGGAGUGGACGUUCACGCUGUAUGAUUUUGACAACAAUGGCAAGGUCACCAGAGAGGACAUCACCAGCCUGCUCCACACCAUCUAUGAGGUGGUGGACACGUCGGUCAACCAUUCUCCCAGCAGCAGCAAGACACUGCGGGUCAAGCUCUCCGUGGCCCCCGACUCCAGCCAGCGCUGGCAGAGCUGCACACAGGGCACCGCAGACAUGCCCCACCCCAGAACGAAGACUGACAAGUGCAUUGAAGACCUUAAAGGUUCAGAGAAGAAGUCUCGAGCCCUCCUCAGGCGCCAUCACAGUGACCACCACACUAUCCAGCACCAGGUUCUGAUCCAGCAGGGUCAGAGUCAGGGCUGCCAGCGCCACUGUGUGGAUGAGAACCUGGAGCGCAGGAACCACUACCUAGACCUGGCCGGCAUCGAGAAUUACACAUCCCGCUUUGGAGCAGCCCCCACCACAGAGCCUGUGAAAGCAGAGCCACAGACCCGACCAUCGAACCAGACCAGGUCUCGCUCUCAUGAACCAGAGAAUGGCCACACCUACUCCCACCACCGUCGCUCACAGGUGGCCAUGGAGAGCAGCGCCGCCCCAGGCCCUGACACCCUUUGUCCCCCACGACCGAGUAAAGACUCAGGUAAACACGCCCUGCGCUCCCCCAAGACCCACAGCCGGACACACCCCACACAGACCACCACGGGCAGGGUGAUGAGGAGCAGAGGGGCCCCACCUCCCCCGGCCCUACCCAGCCAGGCCCCCUCUCACCAGUCCUCAGCCCCCUACCGCAGGCACAAGCAGAGGGCCAAGGAGGGCCAGCAGCAGUCCCGGGCCCUGGGGGCUCCAGUGGGGCCUGUGGUGGAGGAGCAGGUGAGGGUCCUACCCAGUGUGCGACUCUAUGAAGGAGGGCUGGCCCAGAUGGUUCAGAGGCACGAGCAUCAUCACCACCAUGAACACCACCACCACUACCACCACUUCUACCAGUCCUGAGCCAGGCAGCCAGCUCCCUGCCCUGCUGCCCCUGGCCCCUGAGCACCUUCUCACAGUCCCACCUCAACCUGGCUACACUGCCAGCCCAGUAGACUCUACAGAUAGACAGGCCCCUCCCACACAGCACAGCAACAGCACAGCUAGAAGUGUGACACUGUCAGGGGGAGUUGGGUCUUACAUGGCCCUGUGGGCUAAUAGGACAGGACAUCAAGAGGAGUUGGACAGACAGGGAGAGGUGCAGGGUGAAGAGGGUUAUUAUGGGGUUGUCCAGGCAUGAAGAGUCCCUGUGAGUCAGCGGGACAGUGUCUUGGUCUUCAGGUGUGCCAGGAACCUGGAGCAGGACACGGCAGAGGGAUGUAACAGGGGAACCUGAGAGGAACAGAAGGAGAAAAGAGACUUGGCUGUAGUCCUCCAGAGGACUCCUCUCAUCCCUCUCUGUCUGUCUGGUUCUCUGAAAGCCUCUACUCUGAUGGACUAGGUGACUUGGAUGGAAAGACUGAUGUAAAAAGAUAAAAUAUAUGAUGCUCAGUGUCCAGUGAGUUUGUGUCCGAGAGAGAGACUGCGUGUGUGUGUGUGUGUGUGUGAUUUUUUUUUUACACACAUUUGGGUGUAUGAAUAUACAGUGUGUGUGUGCAUUGGUUCAUAUGAAUAUUUGUGUGUGUGUGUGUGUGUGUGUGUGUGUAUAGUGUCUGUGUGCAUGUGUUACCUGUCUGCUGUGACACCCCUGUCGCCACUGAAAAGCACUUGUGGCUGCAGUUGCAUUGGAGACACUUUGGGCUGUCAGAACAGAGGGCUGACAGGCAUCGGCUGGAUAUGAUGAAGACGAGAUCAUCCAUCUCCUGAAUCUCACAUGCAAUACAGGACCCUCCCUGAGAGAACGAUGUUGAAAUGUUCAGUGAGAAUAGAAGACUGUAAUCAGCUGCUACCUCUAGUGUUAUUAAUGGUGUUAUUAUUAUUGCUAUUAAUCAGAUGCUAUUUUUCAGUUACAUGUUGUUUUAUUUUUUAAAGAUGACACAAUCUGCAGUAAUGUAGUGUUGAAACGCUCCUACAUGUUUUACCUACAUAUUGUAUAUAUUAUCAACAUUAUAAUCUUUAUUUAUAAUGUGAUGUUUGUAUCACCAAUCUACAUUUAUUUCUCACUCAACCCCAUUUUCCUGAUGUACCCUAUUGAAAGACCACUAUAUACAGUGCCUUGCGAAAGUAUUCGGCCCCGUUGAACUUUGCAACCUUUUGCCACAUUUCAGGCUUCAAACAAAGAUAUAAAACUGUAUUUUUUUGUGAAGAAUCAA